AUGACCGUGGCGGCCCCCUCGGCUGUGCCCUCUGGCUCCAUAUGGAUAUUCGGCUUUGGCAGCCUCGUCCACAGCCCCGGCUUCGAGUUCAAGGGCAGGGUGGAGGGGUUCAUCCGGGGGUACCGUAGGGUGUUCUGGCAGGGCUCCACAGACCACAGGGGCCAUCCUGGAGCCCCAGGCCGCGUGGCAACCCUGCAUGAGGACCCAGAAGCCGUCACCUGGGGCGUGGCCUACGAGCUGGCGGGCAGCCACGAGGAGCAGGAGCGCACCCUGCACUACCUGGAGUGGCGGGAGAAGCAGUACGACAUCCGGCGCCACGUAUCCGUCUGGGCCGCCCCCGGGGACGCCCGACCGGCGGUGGAGGACGCGCUGGUGUACAUCGCGGGCUCCGACCCGGGGUCAAACCCCGACUACCUGGGCCCGGCGCCGCUGGCCACGCUGGCGCACACCGUGGCCACUGCCGAAGGCCCCUCCGGCCCCAACCACGUGUACCUCUUCCGCCUGGCCAACGGGCUGCGCAUGCUCGGCAUGGAUGACCCCGGGGUGUUUGAGCUGGAGGAGGCGGUGAAGGCCCGGAUGGCUGAGCUCGGCCUUGAGUGCCAGUCGCUGGAGGCACCCUCCAACCCCGCAGCCGACCACGCCGUGUACUGGGAAAGCGUGGCCAAGAAGAAGGGCGAAUCGGCGGGCGCCUGA